AUGGAGCAGGAUGUGGAGAGCCCAGCCAUCAGCAGAAAGUCCAAGUUGGGCAAUGCGGUCGGCAGAGACCUGCCCAAACAGCUGGCGGCCAUAGACCGGGCCCGGAAGGUCCAGCGGUACGUCCAGAAAGAUGGCAAGUGCAACGUCCACCACGGCAACGUGCGCGAGACGUACCGUUACCUGACGGAUAUCUUCACCACGCUGGUAGACCUCAAGUGGCGCUUUAACCUGUUCAUCUUCGUUCUGGUGUACACGGUCACCUGGCUCUUCUUCGGCUUCAUGUGGUGGCUCAUCGCGUACCUGCGAGGCGACCUGGACCACGUAGCCGACAACCUCUGGACUCCUUGCGUCAAUAAUCUCAACGGGUUCGUGUCAGCAUUCCUGUUCUCCAUCGAGACGGAGACUACUAUCGGUUACGGAUACCGGGUCAUCACGGACAAAUGCCCUGAGGGAAUCUUUCUGCUCUUGAUCCAAUCGGUGCUGGGAUCUAUCGUCAACGCUUUCAUGGUGGGCUGCAUGUUCGUCAAGAUCUCGCAACCCAAGAAGCGCGCCGAGACGCUGGUGUUUUCCACCAAUGCGGUCAUCUCCAUGAGAGACGGACGCCUGUGCCUGAUGUUCCGGGUCGGGGACCUGCGCAAUUCGCACAUCGUGGAGGCCUCUAUCCGGGCCAAGCUGAUCAAGUCCAAGCAGACCAAGGAGGGAGAGUUCAUCCCCCUGAAUCAGACGGACAUAAACGUGGGCUACAACACAGGCGACGAUAGGCUGUUCCUCGUGUCGCCACUCAUCAUCUGCCACGAGAUCAACCAGAACAGUCCCUUCUGGGAGAUCUCACCAGCAAACCUGGCCAAGGAGGAGCUGGAAAUUGUCGUAAUUCUGGAGGGGAUGGUCGAGGCCACAGGCAUGACGUGCCAAGCCCGGAGUUCGUACGUGAGCAGCGAGAUCAAGUGGGGCUACCGCUUCACCCCUGUGCUCACGCUCGAAGACGGCUUCUACGAGGUGGACUACAACAGCUUCCACGACAUCUACGAAACAAACACGCCCACCUGCAGCGCCCGCCAGCUGGCCGACAUGAGCGGUCGCGGCCGCCUGCCCCUCACCUGGUCCGUGGCCAGCAAGCUGAGCCAACAGGGACCGGCGCCUGAGGCCGGGCGCCAGGAGCUUGGGACUGAGCGCAACGGGGAUGUCGCCAACGCCGAGAGCGAGUCCAAAGUGUAG